UUGGAUGCUGUGGUAUAGUAUUCUAGCGAACUAGGGGGUGAUAUACCGGGCAGGAAUUGUCAUUUUCUUGCACAAUUGAAAGGGAUGCUAUUCAAUCUCAUGUGGUUGGCAACCGAGAGGAAGGGGGCAAUCGGCAGAGAUAGUCACCGCUGGCUUUGACCUCGAGGAAUGACUACUGACCGCCAUGUCUCUGUUUGCCUGGCGAGAAUCACCAUAUGAGCACGCAAUGUCUAUUGCCGCAUAUACAGCUGCGGCUUAAUGGGGACAAAAACAUCCUCGAGCAAUCAUAUGUCCAUCCCGACGGAAUAUGCAGCUAUAGCCACUACUUUGGCUCUCUCAAGGUACACCCAACUCAGUCAACAGUACAUAACAAAAUUGACCCAACACAACCCACUCAAUAGAACCAACAGAGAGGUUUUCCGAGAGACUAACCCAUCUCCAACAACACGCCGGAGGUGCACCUACAUCGUGACCUUGAUUUAUUCCGCGGGAUCGACAACAGAAAUGCAUACGGGGGACGGAAGUUCCGUCCAAAAACGGAGUCGAUUCCGCACUCUCUCCAUCGCUUCAAUCCCAGCACCAAAACAAUGUUACUUAGUACGCUUGCUACAAUUGCUAUUUCCAUGUACAUAUUCUGAAUCCAACAUCUAUCUCACCGGAACCCCCACAGUAAGGCAACAGCACCCAACAUUGGUAAUCAAAUCAACUUCCGACUCCAACCGAAUCCCGAAUCCCGUCCGAAGGGAGGAAGGGGCGCUUAUGAAUAACCUGAACGAACUUAUAAGCUUCACCAAGAACCAGGUGGAAUCUCUUUGAAUUGAAACUAAACCAGUGGUGUCACGAUUCUAGCACCACCUCAUUGCCCCACCUUAUAAAUCCAUUACCACCCCUCAAUACUAAUUGCCGUUUACACCACCCUCUCACCAAACCUCCACAUACUACUCAGAAAA